AUGUUAAGAAAAUUUUUUAAUAGGUUUUCUGUCUACUCUAAUUAACAUUAAAGAGCAAAAAUAGAAGUUGGAAAUAAAUCAAUUAUGUUAGAUUAAGAUUUAGAGAGAUACCCUUAAUCUAUUUAUGUAAUUUGUUUAUUAAUUGAGGGCUUUCUUAUAAAAAAGAUGGACUUAGAAGCAUGAGAUUCCUGGAAGAAUGUAUGUCAUUUAAUAAAUUGAAGAUAUUAAAGAUUAAUUAUAGACAUAGCAAUUAUAACCAUUAAAAAUUUUAUUAAGUGAAAAUAGAUUAAAAUCUAUGUAUGAUAAUGAUUAGAUGGAUUCUUAAUACAUAAUUUCUAUAAUUAGUGAAGAGCAUUUUAAACCUAUGAUGGAUGAAUACACAAAGAAGGUAUUAAUUAAUGGAUCUAUGCCUCCACUAAUUAAAUUUGACUAAUAUAAUUAAAUUAGAAAUUAAAUAAUACAACUGUAUUAAGUAUUUUUUUUUGGAGAUCCUUUAAGUUAAUUAGAAAGAGAGAUAGAAUUUAGAUAUUUAGCACUUAAAUAAAGUAAGUUUUUUAAGUACCAAAUUUAAUAAAGAUCAAAAGAUAAAUGUUUAUGGACUCAUAAUUAAUAAAGAAGAGUUGAAUUAAUGAAAAAUUGGAUGGCAAGAGAUAUUAAUUUAUAUGAUGAUUUAAGACCUAUCUAUGAACCAUUGCUAUUAAAUUUAAAGAUAAAAAUUUAUUAGUAAUUAAUGAAAAUUGAUAAUGCAUCAAUUAAAGAUAAAUUGUUAUUUCAUUUUUUUGAAAAACAUGCAUUAUAAAAAUCCAAAAAAAGAUUAUAAACAAUUUCUUAAACUUUAUUUACUAGAACUAUUUUAUAUACAAAUUGCAUUGAAUUUUUAAGAGUAUUAGAUAUUCCUCCUGAUUUUCAUAUUGAAUUAUCUAUUAUUAAUGUUCAUAUUUGGUUGAUUUGCAAUAGAUUAUAAUAAAUUAACACUAGAGAAUCAAAUAAUUUAGCUGCUUUAUUAUUUAAAGCUUGUGAUAAGUAUAUAGCUAAUGAAGUAGAUAAAAUUCAUCUCAGAAAAAAACAUGAUUUAGUUAGGGAUAUUGAAGCAUAUAUGCAAACAGGUCGAAAGUAUUUAGAAUAUCAUUUUAAUCGAAAUGUUUAAACAGUUAAAAAUAAUUAUUUUAAAUUGGAUGCAUUAAUAUGGAGUAUUAUAUUCUUUGAAAAGAUUCCUAGAUAUAGUGAUAAAGUAUAUUUAGUAGCUGAAUAUAUCAAAUCAAAUUAUGAUUUCUUAAAUACUUUAUCUUAUGAAUCAUUUGAAGAUUGUAUUGUAGAAUUUGAUAUAUUCAAAAUGAGAAUUGAUUAUAAAACUUAAUUGCUUAAAGUAAAUCCUCCCCUUUCAGAAAUAGAAUUUGAAUAAGAAUUCUUAUCAGAUAAUAAAAUUAAAAAAUAUUAUUAUUCAUUUGAAGAUUAGGGUAAUAAAGUAAUAGAACUUCCUAAAUUUGAGGUAAUUAUACAAUUUAUUAUAAAAGUCUGAAAUUAAAUCUCUGUUAGAAAGAAGAUUAGAUGUUUUAGGAGAAAAUAUUAGAUAUAUAAUAAAGAAAUACUAAAAUUUAGAAACAUUUGAUCAUUUUUCAACUCAUGAAGAAUAAAUUAAAUUAGAAUAAAAGAAAUAAAAAUAUGUGUGGAAUAAAUCUGUAGAGAGAGAUCCAGAGGAUUUGAGAAAAUUAAUAAAAUAAAGAAGAAUAUAAUAAAACAAUAUGUGAU